AUGAAUUUUGUUUUGCUACGCAUGCGUCAUUAUCAAACUUAAGUAAUUUUUUUGUGAUAAGCGAAUUAAUCUUAGAUAUUUUAGAGCAAAUAACAACCUAAUAAAUAUCUAAUAUUCCACUCUCACAAUUUAGGAAGUUUUCAAUCGCUUUUAUAAUUCGAUUUGUUAUGAAAUGUCUUCUGGCAGAACAUCUGGAGCGAAUACAACCCCUCUAGGACGCCCAAACACUGGGGUGAUGAAUUCCAAGUCGUCCAGUAUGUUGAAACCUAGCUAUAUGUCUUCUGGAGGUAAACGAGAUCGUGAAGACGAUUACGACUAUCAAUCUACAAAAUGGCCUCCAGAUGAUAGUUGGUCAUCUUCUGCUGAACAAGAUAGAAAUGAAAGAGAAAGGAAAAAGAAAAGGCGAUCUAGAUGGGGUGGAGAUGAGAAAGAAAAGGUUUUCAUACCUGGACUUCCAACUGUGUUACCAAACAAUUUGAAUCCACAACAGGAGAGAGCAUACUUGUUGCAACUGCAGAUUGAGGAAAUAAGUAGACGUCUUCGUACUGGAGAUCUCGGAAUUCCCCCUAACCCUGAAGAAAGAUCACCAUCUCCAGAGCCUAUAUACAAUAGUGAAGGAAAACGCUUGAAUACUAGAGAAUACCGAACUCGUAAGAAGCUGGAAGAUGAUCGCCAUAGUUUGAUUCAAGAAAUGUACAGCUGUAACCCGGAAUAUAAACCUCCACCAGAUUACAAGCCUCCUUUGGUAAAAGUCAGUGAGAAGGUUAUGAUACCUCAAGAGGAACAUCCUGAUAUCAACUUUGUUGGACUUUUGAUAGGACCUAGAGGAAACACUCUGAAAUCUAUGGAAAAAGAGACUGGUGCGAAGAUAAUCAUUCGUGGCAAAGGUUCAGUUAAAGAAGGAAAAGUUGGAAGAAAAGAUGGACAACCACUUCCUGGUGAAGAUGAACCACUUCAUGCAUUUGUCACUGGAAACAGCAAUGAAAGUGUAAAGAAAGCAGUAAAUAAAAUCAGAGAAAUUAUCCGACAAGGAGUUGAAGUUCCUGAAGGGCAAAAUGAUUUACGGAGAAUGCAACUUCGCGAGCUGGCUCUCCUGAAUGGAACUUUACGAGAAAAUGAUGGCCCUCGUUGUACGAACUGUGGUGCAACAACUCACAGAAGCUGGCAAUGUCCUGAUAAACCAAAUGUUACAAAUAACGUUAUAUGCACAAAUUGUGGAUCUGCUGGACAUAUAGCAAAAGAUUGCAGAGAGCAAAAAAAUCCGGCUGGAGCGAUGGGUGCCCCAGAUAAAGCUAAGAUUGAUGAAGAAUAUAUGUCUUUGAUGGCUGAACUUGGUGAAGGUCCGCCUCCACCCACCAAGAUGAUGACUUCUAUGGUUUCAAGUACGCCAUCUUCUGCAACACCGCUGCAAGCUCCCCCUGGACCACCUCGUGCUAUUAUGGCUCCGCCUCCUCCGAAUUCAACCACACAGUUUCAGCCAACUAACACUCAAUCCGUUUUCAACAAUGCCCAGAACAAGAAUACGAUGAUUCGUGCUUCUCUUCCUCCAACUACCAUGAUGCAAACUUCAAUGUUUGUUCCGCCUCCAGUGAUGUCCCAAAUGCCCCCUCCUCCACCUCCAGCUACAUCUAUGGCCCCCAUGGCAAUGCCACCAUGGACACCUCCAUUCCAAGUUCCAGCAAGUGUUCAGCAGACUGUGUUAACAUCACAGGGCACAACUCCCGUUGUGGGUAUGCUUGCUCCCCCUCCACCACCCCCUAGUUUGCCAGCGACAGCACAGACACAAGUUACAUUGGCAACUACUACAUGGAUGACUCCACCAGUAGCUACUCCAGGUGUUCCAUGGCCAAUGCCACCUCAAAUGCUGGGAACGGGACCAAUGCCUGUGCCUCCUCCACCAGGAAUUGCACCUAUUCCACCUCCACCUCCAGCUGUAGCUGCUACCAUGUAUCCCUGGGGUGGAUUUAUGGGUGUACCACCUCCUCCACCCUCUCUUCAGGCAAACCUUCAAAAUCUUGCUGCCCAGCCACCCCCUCCUCCACCUGCUGUCAGCUCUGUGCCAUCUAGUGGCACUACUUCAACUACAGUUCAGAACGUUAGUCUACCAACCCUCUCCCUUCCUACUGCACUCUUGGCGGCACCACCUCCACCACCACCAAGUUAAAUUUGACUAUUCCAAUGACCUCAUUCAUAUCAUAUAAUGUCACUCUUAUUUCUUACAGCUGGUAGAUUGAAAAACUAUGUAUAAAAAUAUAGUUUCAUCUUCAUAUAGUUG